GUCUAUCAGAUAUAUGUGUCGAGCAUUUGGAGAAAACCAAAGGCAAUGUAAUCAACAUUUCAAGUCUCGGCGGACUAAUAGCCGUCCAUGGUUGUUCAGCAUAUUGUAUGGCAAAGUGUGCGGUGGAUAUGUUCACCAAAUGUAUGGCUACAGAGUUGGGACCCAAAGGCAUACGAGUUAAUGCCAUCAACUGUGGUUAUAUUCGCACUGGAAUUUUAGCGGCAAUGGGAAAGCCUAAAGAAAGCGCUGAAGAGAUAUUUAAGGCAUGUGCAAAAUUAACCAUGGUGGGGCGUAUAGGCGUGCCUGAGGACGUGGGCGACUCUAUCCUAUACCUGGCCAGUGACCAUGCUGCUUUCGCCUUCGGAACUAAAGAGUGCGGACCGGAAGGCACACCGGGAGGUCGUACACAGCCUCUCAGGACACCUGCGAUCCAAUCGACCCAAUCAACCUUUGGAAAGAAAGCC